CCUUCUGCAGCCCCGGCCCUCCGGCCCGGCCUCCGCCCUGCAGAGGCAAGGCCAGUGUGGUGUCGUCAGCUGCCCACUUCCUCUCCAGCCUCUGUGGCUUCAACCCUUGGGCUCUGCCCCACCAGGCGGGGCAGGUGGCUGGGACACAGAACCCACCACACUGGCCCAGCGCCACUUUCCUCCUGGUCAUCUACUAUCUGAAGGGCAAGGAGGGGCCAGCCCCGCUGCUGUAAUGGAAACUUCCUGGCCAGGCUGUGAGUGGUGACAGCUCGAGUUCCACCCCACGGAGGCUCUGUCUUCAGUGAUCUCGGGCCAGGCAGGUCAGCCAUCGCCGAAAAGACAGGGCCACACUGCAGGAGCCAGCACCAUGCUCCAGUAAAUGAGGACCACAGCUCGAGCCCUGCGCCCCGACUCCGGCCCAGAAGCCCUGCAUGGGACCGGAAAGGAUGAGGCGGCUGCGGGGGGCUGGACACGGCCCCAGGCAGAGGAGAGAGACAGAAAGCAACCACCAUCCAUCCUGAGACGGAGCUGGCCAGAGCGCCAGCCCCCCGAGGCUAUGCCACCAAGGACCUCAAGACGCGUGCGGUUCCGGGAGCCCCUGGAGGUGGCCAUCCACUAUGUCACCUACAGGGAGCCCACAGCCACAGUCAGAGGUGGGCCACAGCACCUGGCACCCCAGGGACGUCCUCUACUCCUGAGGCUAUCUCUAUGUGUCCUGCUCGGGGUGGCGCUGGGCCUGUACUGCAGCUGGGCCAAGGCCAUCACCACAGCCCUCGAGGACCUCCAGACCCAGCUCCUGGUCCUUGUCCUGCGUCUCUGGCACACGGCCCUGAGUGGCUGGCAUUGCCUCCUGCGGUUCUGACCACCGCCGGCGAAUGGUAUCUUCACAGGUUGCCCUGGGCAGCCACGCCAUCAUGGAGGCUCAGAGGUGAGGUUCAGCCCUCCCAGGCCUGAGGAGCCCCCCCAUCCCUUCUUCCUGGAGGCUGCUCCUUGUGCUCUGCACCGUGGCCCAGCAUGGCCCCCUUCUCAUGGCCCGUGGGGUCCACAAGUCCACGUCCAGCCCUUUCUCACUAAGUGCUGCCUGGAGACACUGCCUCUGAUAGGUCACCCAUCCAUCUCCCACCUGGGUUGCAUGGGGUGCUGAGACCUGAGCCCCAGAAGCACAGACACGAAGCCCAGCCUUAAGGAAGACAGCUCCUGGGAACCUCUGAAGAACUGAACAAAGCCCAGACACAGCCAUUUAAACCAUAGCUAAAAAGCUGAGCACACGGCUGGGGAACAAACCCCUUACCCCAGAGAUGCUGGAGUUCAUAGUUUUAUUGUGACUUGGAGAAAUAGAUACAUGGAAAAUU